UCGUCGUCCAGACCAUCCAUUUCCAGCCGGACUACUCGCGGACCAUCUUCGGUCGUCUGCGGAGUCAGCAACCCCCGUCGUCGAGUCUCGCGCCCCAGGUAACCCCGGAAGGUACGCACGUUGAGCUUCCUGUCUGUCGUUUCUCUCCCAAUCUUAGUGGAAAAUGGCACUUGUGAAGGCAACAUUGAUGGCGUUCGCCGUAACGACGAUCCUGUUGGCCGUGGCGACGAGCAAAGAAGUAGGUCAACGAGAGAUACCCGACUUCCUGCAUAUAUGCAAGAUGAAUGUGGAGUCGCGGAAAUUUCACCAAUGCGUGGCGCAAAGUAUCAUGAAAUUGGCGCCAUACCUGAAGACGGGCGUGCCGGAGUACAACAUCCCGUCGUUGGAGCCACUCAUACUAAAACGAUUGAUAUUCGCUCCGUCGAACGCCCUGCGCUUGCAAGCAAAGGACAUCUUGGUGUAUGACGCCAGUAACUUCAAUAUUAGUAAACUGAAGAUCGACUUAGACAACUCGUACAUCCACGUGGACGUGUCACUACCGAAUAUUCGCAUCGAAGGUCAAUACGACAUAAGCGGCAAAAUAGUGUUGCUCCCGCUUCGCGGUUCCGGACAUUUCCACGGCAACGUCAGCGACUGCACAGGUUCCUGCAGAAUCCUGAUAGAGAAAUACUCCAGCUCGAGCGGAGUAGAGUAUAUGCGCAUCAAAGAAUUCAAGAUGAAGAUCACCGUGGGCGAUGGUAUGUUAAUAUUAGAGAAUCUGUUCGGCGGUGAUCAAGCGCUCGGCGACGUCGUCAACUCGGCCAUCAACAACAAUUUCAGCCUCUUCUUAAAAGAGAUACUGCCUCCUUUGGAGAAGGCGCUCUCCGACGCGUUUCAGAUCACGUCCAAUCAUAUCGUCGAGCACUUCUCGUUCGCGCAACUCUUCCCGAACACGUAAAUAUGUAUGGCAAUCCGGACAUGAUCGGGUGGACUGGAAGAGUGACGACAACGUGAUCGACGUAGAUUAGGACUGAAAGCCCAUUGCGAUAGAACGAAUAGGGAGUUACUCAUUGAUACUACAACUGCAUUCAACUCUUUUCUUUCUCAUUCGCGCACAAAUUGUUCGCGGCCGGCCGCACGCCGACAUCUGCCGAGGUCCUGUCACGGACCUCGCGGAAGAUACGAGAUCUUGCAAAGGAGCAGCGAACGGCCGAGUCGUUGAGAUCACGGAACGAUCGUGACGCUUCUCGAGAGUCUUCAUCUCGGAGCGGGGAACGUUAACGAUCGUAUGAUCGCGUCCGAGUACGGUUUGGGAUCUUUCGAUAUUGACAGGGCAUCUCUCACGUUCAUUUAGUUACGCGACACUACCUCAUAGAGUCAAAAUCACCUCAUAGAGAGAAAGUCAUAGCGGCUAGUCGCAAACUAGCUAGCCGAGCAUUUCUUAUCUAUACUUAGCACUUGCAAACUAGCUUGUGGCCUCUUAGAUAAUUUCACGCAUGUCGGGCGGGGGAAACGUGCCUUCGGGGGGGAAACUUAGCGGGAAAAUCUUCGGAAUACUAAUCUUCGAUACGAUAGAGCGCCAAGUGAUCUCCUUAACGUGCAGUUAUUCGUUGCUCCAAAAUGUGACAAGUAUUUUUUAGUUAAUAUACCAAUAAGGACUCAGGGAUCACAUUCGAGGAAUUAUCGGUUGAUAAGACGAGAAAUCGGAUAUUCCGCCGCAGAUAGACGACAGCAGGAUAUUAUACUGUAGCGCGAGGGAACGAUCACUCACUCUUUGCUUCGAUCCCAACUCUUCAGUUAUCGACAUGGCGCGGAAUUGUCCGCUUAGACCGAUAGAGUCGGUAUUGAAACACAGAGGCAUAUAUCGACGCACAGUCAAGCACACUACGAUUCUCCACGCAAGCCUAAUGUGUCGACUAGUCGCCGACCGGCGGAUAGGCGCAUCAACAGAUAAACUAGAAUCUUCAUGAGCAAGUACGAUUUAUCGUGAUGUAAUGCUAUCGAGUACGCCGAUAUCGACGAGUCGGCGAUGCGUUAUAAAUUGUUGAAUAAAGCUUGGACUGUAGUAUUUGUUAAA